AUGCUCAUCGGCAGCAUCAGCCAUCGCCAUCGAGCCAUAUUUGCGCAGCCGUGGAACGGCGGCGCCGCCUCGCCGUUCACUGGCGGCAGCCCCGCCUGUAGCCUGGCGCACGGCGCAGAGGGCAGCAGCCUGCGCUCCCGCAAUGCGCCACGGGCUGUGGGUGUUGCCGCCGCUGCCUCCCCCGUUCCCGGCGACUUCAGCAUCCCUGCUGCCCCCAUCCUGAUCCCCGAGGGGCCCUGGAAGGCGGUGGACGGCUGCGUGUGCGCCCCCAAGGGCUUCAAGGCGCAAGGCAUGUACGGUGGGCUGCGCGCCAAGGGCACCAAGGCUGACCUGGCGCUCAUCACGUGCGACUGUGAGGCUGUGGCGGCGGGCGUGUUCACGCUUAACGUCAUGUGCGCCGCCCCUGUGACCUUCUGCCAGGAGGUGCUGGCCAAGCGGGACACAGUGAGGGCAGUGCUGGUGAACGCAGGUCAGGCCAACGCGGCCACCGGGGAGCAAGGAUACAAGGACAGCCUGGCCUCGGCUGACGCGGUGGCGGCAGCACUGGGCGUGUCGCGCGACGAGGUGCUGCUGGAGUCCACGGGCGUCAUCGGGCGGCGCAUCAAGAUGGAGCAGCUGGUGGCGGCGGUGCCGCUGCUGGCGUCGGCGUUGGGAUCGGGCGCUGAGGAUGCGCACCGCGCCGCCGUGGCCAUCACCACCACCGACCUCGUCAGCAAGAGUGCGGCGCUGGAGGUGGACCUGGGGUCGGGGCGCACCGUGCGGCUGGGCGGCAUCGCCAAGGGCUCGGGCAUGAUCCACCCCAACAUGGCCACCAUGCUGUCGGUGAUCACAUGCGAUGCGCCCGUGACUCCUGAGGUGUGGCGCGGCAUGUUCAAGCGUGGCUCCAUCAACUCCUUCAACCAAAUCACCGUGGACGGAGACACAUCCACCAACGACACAGUCAUCGGGCUGGCCAGCGGCCUGGAGGGCGGCGCAGUGAUCAGCGACCCCGCCAGCCCCGAGGCGCAGAAGCUGGAGGCAGCGCUCACGGCACUACUGCAGGCAAGGGGCCAAGGAGGCCUGGCCAAGUCCAUUGCCUGGGACGGCGAGGGCGCCACGGUGCUGAUUGAGUGCGAGGUGCUGGGCGCGCCCGACGCCGCUGCCGCCAACAAGGUGGCCAAGAGCGUGGUGGGCUCCUCGCUGGCCAAGUCCGCCAUCUUUGGGCACGACCCCAACUGGGGCCGGAUCGCGGCGGCCGCUGGCUACUCGGGUGUGCAGUAUGACCAGGAGGCGGUGCGCAUCCAGCUGGGUGACACGCUGCUGAUGGACAAGGGGCAGCCGCUGCCGUUUGACGAGAAGGUCGCCUCCGCCUACCUCAAGAGCAAGGCCGACGUGCACGGCACCGUCACCAUUGGCAGCGGUCCAGGCAGGGGCAUGGCCUGGGGCUGCGACCUGUCGUACGACUACGUCAAGAUCAAUGCCGAAUGUGCGCUCAGUGGGGUUGAGCUGCCGGGGCAGUGGCCGCCGACUGCCGUUCGUCUGGUGCCUGUCACACUUGAACUGCACUGA